AUGGCAGACAGGGGAUCUCACCGCGGCGGAGGCGGCCGGGGAGGAGGUAACUUCCGCGGGCGCGGCGGAGGACGCGGCGGUGGAGGGCGCGGUGGAGGUGGUGGCCACGGCGGCCAUCACCAGAGCAGCAACCAGCACGGCGGCGGCGGCGAGGGCGGCGGCGAGUCGAGGCCCAAGAAGGAGAACAUCCUCGACCUGUCAAAGUACAGCGACAAGCAGAUCACCGUCAAGUUCAGCGGCGGUCGAGAAGUCACCGGCGUCCUCAAAGGCUACGACCCACUCAUGAACCUGGUCCUCGACGAGGCCAAGGAGACGAUGCGCGACGACGAGGGCAAGGAGACCACGCGGCCCCUGGGCCUGACCGUCGCCCGCGGCACCCUGAUCGUGCUGAUCAGCCCCGUCGACGGCAGCGAGGAGAUAGCGAACCCGUUCGCCCCGGCCGAGGACGACUGA